CACCAAGUUGCGAAAAUGGCGAAAAACCCAACAUUACCAUGGCCAUGGAACACUAACUCGUCCUUACUGGCGGAGUACCAGAAGUCUCCGCACAAAAUGUCGGCGGUGCCUUCAGGACUCAGACCCGAGAUAAAGGAUAAUUCAGAUGGGUCAAUCCGUGUGGAGUACAGCCCUGUGGCAGGGGGGCGUCACGAGGUUCAGAUGUGUUAUGAGGGAAACGCCGUAGAGGGCAGCCCUUUCUCAUGCCUUGUGGACAAGGUCGAUGGUGGAUAUGUGACCGCCUUCGGAGGCGGUUUGAUCGGCGGAAUGAGUGGACAAACGACCAACUUUACCAUCACCGCUAAGGCCGGAACCUUGAAGGACGUAUCGAUAGAAAUUGAUGGACCAACAAAGACUGACUUUAAGCGGAAGGAUAACUCCGAUAGGUGUGAUGUAUCUUUCAUGCCAAUGACACCUGGAUUAUACAACAUUAUAAUCAAAUACAAGGGAAAGGAGAUCAAAGGUUCACCCUUCCAGGCUAAAGUUUCAGGUGAGGGACGAAAACGCUCCCAGCUCUCACUUGCCAACAGCAGUGACUACUCCUUAGACGUGCUUGAGCCGGAGAUCGUAGAUUUAGCUGGUCAUCUGAAAACUCCCAGUAACGCCACAGAGCCAUGUAUCCUGAAGAAACUUGCCGAUGGACAUUUAGGUCUUGCCUCCUUCACACCCCGGCAGAAGGGUGAGUACAAAGUACAGGUGUUCAGGAAUGAGAAACACAUCAAAGGAAGUCCUUUUUCCGUCAAUGUUGGGGACACCGAGAUCGCUCACGCGUCAAAGGUCAAAGUCACUGGACCAACCACAGAAGCCCUUGCCAAUCAGACCAAUGUACUCAAAAUCGAUACCAGCACUGCCGGUUAUGGUGGACUUAGCAUGGUUAUUGAAGGUCCUCACAGGUCCGAGAUUGACUGUACUUCCUCCGAGAACCGCCAGUAUGAGAUACACUACAGUCCCCAUGAACCUGGUAUCUACAUCCUCAACAUCCGCUUCGCUGACGAACAUGUCACAGGAAGCCCGUUCUUGUUGAAUGUGGUUGGAGAUCCUUCUGGACGUAUCCGUGAAACGAUCACUAAGCAGAUGGAACAGGCGGAUCCGGUGAAAAAAGGAGACCAUUGUGAAUUCCUGUUGAAGAUUCCAGGUACCAACCCCUUCGACAUGGAAGCUUCUGUGACGGACGGAGACGGCUGUACCGAACUGUGCGAGAUUAUGGAUGAGGACGAUUUCCACUACAGGAUGAACUUCACUCCUCAGAUGACAGGAACUCACAUUCUCAGUAUCAAACACAAGGGCAUGCAUAUCUCAGGUAGUCCUUUCAUUUACUCCGUUGGACAGUUAUCGUCAGGCGGUAGUCACAAGGUACAAGUCGGAGGUCCAGGCGUUGAGCGAGGAGAGGUCGGCGUUAGUAAUGAUUUCAACAUUUAUACUCGCGAGGCUGGAGCCGGAGAGCUGUGUGUGUCUUUGGAAGGACCAUCAGACGCCAAAAUCAAACUAGAGGAAAGGCCCCAUGGGUUCUUAGGAAUCGCUUACUUCGUCAAAAAGCCAGGAAUGUACGGCAUCCACGUGAAGUUUAAUGACGAGCAUAUCCCCAAUUCUCCAUUUAUGGUGAACAUAGCGCCCGAUAGUGGUGCCACCCGCAAGGUCACAGUACAUGCUCUCAAGGACAGGGGACUGUCUGUGGACAAACCAGCAACCUUCACUGUCUCUUACAACGGAGCCACUGGGGCCAUCCAUUCCUGCGUUAGGACUCCCUCGGGCGCCCACGAGGACUGCUUCCUCCAAGAAAUGGAUACCGGUUUGUACGCAGUCCGGUUUAUCCCCAAGGAAAACGGUGUCCACUACGUGGAUGUGAAACUGAAUGAUCACCACAUCCCAGACAGCCCUUUCGCUCUGAUGGUUGGUUCCACAGCGGCAGAUCCCGCCAUGUUGCACGCGCAUGGAGAAGGCCUAGAGCACGGCAAAUGCAGCAUGAAGAAUAAGUUUGUGGUACGGACGGUCGGGUCCGGCUCUGGCUUCCUAGCUGUUUUCAUCGAUGGUCCUUCCAAGGCAGCUCUCAGCUGUAAGGAAGUUGACGAAGGUUACGAAUUUAGCUACUCUCCCUUCGCUCCAGGAAAAUACCUCAUCACCAUCAAGUACAGCAACAUCAACAUCGCCGGAAGUCCCUACGCUGCCGUCAUCACAGCGUCUGGGGGCUCAGGAUCCGGAAGGAAACCACUCCAAGUAAACGAACAGACGUCAAUGGUUGUGGAAACCAUGGAAAAGAAGCAUGGCGGUAAAUCAGUUAAGCGCAUGCGCGGAGAUGCCAGUAAAGUGACAGCAAGAGGUGCAGGUUUGAAGAAAAUUCGGACGAACACAGUACAGAGCUUCUCCAUCGACACCAAAGAAGCCGGUAGCGCCAUGUUGUUUGUCGCUAUGUGUGAUCCCAAAGGUAUUCCUGAACCCGAGCUCACCGUGAAGAAGAAUGGUCCUACGCAAUUCACGAUCAGUUAUAAAUGCCAUGAGAUCGGCGAACACACGCUCAUGGUGAAAUGGGGUGACGAAGAUAUUCCCGGAAGUCCUUUCAUCCUAUCAACAUAAACUCCAAUCAGAUAUAAUACUAUUUCUGUGCAAUAUUUGUCCACUCUUUUCCUGCACGAAUAACGGAAACCUUAUUGAUUUUGUACAUUUAUUUUGGUGUUGUGAAUACGCUUACAAGUACGCGUUGGAGUUUGUUGAAGUGUGAUAUUCCCGACCCGGUCCGUCCUUCAGACGUGGGCAGCCAUCUUCCACCACCACACCUGUAAUCAAAUCUGCUCCAAAUACGUUCCGUUUUUCUAUUUAUUUUAUAAUUAUAUAUUUAUUUCAUUGUUUGCUAAUUUAUUAUUCGUCACAGUAUAUAUAACGAUGUCGAUUUUAGUUUGUAUAGUUAAAUAGAACGGUUCUCUUUAGAUUUAGGAUAUGUAGAUGUAUUAAAAUCGGUUCAAAAGAUAGUGUAUAAUUAUCUACACGAGUUUUAACAAUGUAUACCUAUGCUUUGAAUCAGAGUAGAGCAUUGGAACUUACAUUUUACAUUGAUAGUUCUAUUUGAUGCCAAAAGACCGGGACAUUCGACUUCGUACGGACUGUUGAAAUAAACAAGAUGUUUAGAUCAUUACGUACA